ACGAUCGACUUCUUCAUGGAAACUGCGCCUCAUGCUUCUAUUGACCAACGAGAUCGUGCUGGACAUUCGGCGCUAUUUUAUGCCGUCACCUACGGUCACUACGAAGCUGCAAAACAUCUUCUGGAUCACGGUGCUAACCCGAAUCACCAGGACAAUCGUCUACGCACACCCUCGCAUUGUGCCGCCGCCAAGGGUCAAAUGCGAAUGCUCAAAUUGCUUAAGCAGUACAAACGCGCUUUCGAGAUUCACAACCUAAUCGGUGAGAUUCAGAACUAUCGUGGUGAUUUGCCAGUUCAUGAAGCCGUUCAGUCCAGGAGCAAAGGUACGAUUUGA